AUGAGUGCUGCUGCUGGACUGUUUGGCCAAAGAUUGUGGGCGAAGAUGCCCCUGGUGCACAUUGCCGCCCCCGUGUGCAAGUGGUUGCUCGUCAUUGCCGGGCUUAAGGACACCCAACGGCCCGUCGAAAAGCUUUCGGGGACCCAGCAGAUGGCGUUGAUGGCCACCGGCGCCAUCUGGACCCGGUGGGCCGGCUUCGUCAUCAAGCCGAGAAACCCGUUGUUGGCGUCCGUCAACUUCUUUUUGGGCGCCGUCGCCGGCUACCAAUUGACCCGGAUCGUCAACUGGAGAAAGUCGGAGGGCGACUCCGCCAAGCAGGUGGCGUACUACCUUUUCGAAGGGAAGACGGCGCCGGGAGCCAAGCCCGUCCAGGCCACCACCACCAUCGCCGAGCCGCUGAAGACCGGCACCGAAAUUGCCGUGCAAGUGCCCGCCGCCGACGCUCUGAAGAAGUAA